AUGACAUUCAUAAAUUUAUCAAGAACUCGAUUUCCUCCAUUAACUAGUAUUAGACAAGGUUUAUUGCCUUUGAGAGUUUCUAGUGUAAAUACGUUUAGAAACUUUGGUCAAACGAUACCAAAAUGUUAUGCUUCAUUCCUACCUUCUUUAAACACACUCACUGAAGAAGAAGAAAUGCUUCGUGAUUCAGUCGCGCGAUUUGCACAAGAGAAAAUCUUGCCAAAAGUAAAAGAAAUGGAUGAAAAGGAUACGAUUGAUCCAUCAGUUUUUAGUGGUCUUUUUGAACAAGGACUUAUGGGAAUUGAAACAGAAUCUAGAUAUGGUGGUGCCGAGUGUUCCCUUUUAGCUGCUGUCUUGGUUGGAUCUUUCUGUCUUUCAGAAUCUAGUGCUGGUAGUGAUGCAUUUGCUAUGAAAACGCGUGCUGAGAAAAAGGAUGGGUACUAUAUUCUUAAUGGAUCAAAAAUGUGGAUUACAAAUUCAAAUGAGGCUGAAAUAUUUUUAGUUUUUGCAAAUUUAGAUCCAUCCAAGGGUUAUAAAGGCAUAACCUGUUUUGUUGUAGAAAAAGAAAUGGGUGUUAAAAUUGCAAAGAAAGAAUCUAAACUUGGCAUUAGAGCCUCUUCAACUUGUACAGUAAAUUUUGAUGGAGUCAAGGUUCCUGAAGAAAAUGUAUUAGGUGAAAUAGGAAAAGGUUAUAAAUAUGCUAUUGAGAUAUUGAAUGAAGGACGUAUUGGAAUAGCAGCUCAAAUGAUAGGACUUGCACAAGGAGCAUAUGAUCAUGCAUUACCUUAUUUAUUCCAAAGGGAACAAUUUGGUCAAUUUAUUGGUGACUUUCAGGGAAUGCAACUGCAAUAUGCACAAAUUGCAACUGAAAUUGAAGCCGCCAGGUUAUUGACAUAUAAUGCAGCUAGAAUUAAACAAGAAGGAAAAAGCUUUAUUAAAGAAGCUGCAAUGGCUAAAUUAUAUUCUUCUCAAAUAGCAGAAAAGGCUGCAUCUAAAUGUAUCGAGUGGAUGGGUGGUGUCGGAUUUACUACAGAAUUUCCAGUCGAGAAGUAUUACAGGGAUGCAAAAAUAGGUGCAAUUUAUGAGGGAACCUCAAACAUUCAAUUAAUUACAAUUGCUAAAGAAAUUAAAAAAAAAUAUGCAUCAUAA